GGUAAGCCUGCUCUGCUGUAAACGAGCUGUUCGUAAAGGAGCAUUUAUGGGGUAUUUGCUGAUAACCUUUUCACAGACGCGAGGCUGUAAUUUGCUUGGUAAAUAUUUCGAGUUGCGGUUGCUUCCUUAAACACAAACGAACAAUUACACCAUUUUGUGAUUUGGAUAAUGAGUUAGCUAGCUACAUAUACUUAAAUCGCUGUCUAUCCCGUGUCUAAAGCAGCCAGUUUUUUGGGUUUAGUUCUAGUUUUAAGGUUAGCUUCAGCUUUGAUCAUUAUGCCCAUCCAGUGUAGCAGUUGUGCAAAAAAACGAGCAGUUCUCAGGCGGCCGAAGACCGGCCAUUCGUUAUGUAAAUCCUGCUUCUUCUGGGCUUUUGAAGAAGAGAUUCACCAAACCAUCGUGUCAGCCCAGCUAUUUAAUCGUGGAGAGACAGUUGGGAUCGGAGCAUCAGGAGGAAAGGACUCUACUGUACUGGCUCAUGUUCUGAAAGUGCUGAAUGAGCGUUAUGAUUACGGCCUCAAGCUGCUGCUGCUCUCCGUGGACGAGGGCAUCACGGGAUACCGCGACGACUCUCUGGAAACGGUGAAGAGAAACCAACAGCAGUACGAUCUACCUCUCACCAUCGUGUCCUAUGAAGAACUCUAUGGCUGGACCAUGGACGCCAUCGUCAAACAAGUGGGCCUGAAGAACAACUGUACCUUUUGCGGCGUGUUUCGGAGGCAGGCGCUUGAUCGGGGAGCCAUGAUGUUGAACGUGGACAAGAUAUGUACAGGUCACAACGCAGACGAUGUGGCGGAGACGGUGCUGAUGAAUGUGCUGCGUGGUGAUAUUGCUCGUCUGCAUCGCUGCACAGCAAUCAGCACAGCCAGUGAUGGGGAAGGAGCAAUACCGCGCUGCAAACCACUCAAAUAUGCCUAUGAAAAAGAAAUUGUCCUCUACGCCUACUUCAAGAAGCUUGACUACUUCUCUACUGAGUGUGUGUACUCACCCAAUGCUUACCGUGGCCAUGCACGUACUUUCCUCAAAGACCUCGAGGCAGUCAGGCCUAGUGCCAUCAUGGACAUCAUCCACUCAGGUGAGAACCUGUCUGUAAAGGAAGGAGUGAAGAUGCCUGUGCAAGGAACAUGCUCACGCUGUGGUUACAUCUCCAGCCAGGCACUGUGCAAGUCCUGUGUGCUGCUGGAGGGCCUGAACCGAGGCCUGCCCAAACUUGGGAUAGGCAAACACCACCGACUCCAUGACAAGAUCUUGACCCAGCAGGCUUUAACACAACAGGAGGAGAAGAAGCUAAAGGCAAUGGACUUUUAAUGAGGUGUUUCUGCAUGUGGCAUAUAUAUUACAUAGGAGCAGGGAGUGUGACCAAUUGUACUAUUGUUUUUUAGCCUUUGGUUUUGCAAUAAUUUGUUGUUCUUUGGUAUUCUAGAAUAAACCAGACUACUGCAUUUAA